AUGAGCCCGACAUGCUCCCAAACCCCCAUCCCCUGUUCUGAUCCUACUAUAGGCUACCGUCUAAAUCACUUCAUGCUGCGCAUCAGCGAUCCUUCGCGCACUCUGCACUUCUACACACAUCUCAUGGGCAUGCGCCUCGUCUUCAGCCGCGACGUCGGGCCUAUGACGGUGUACUACCUCGGCUACCCGUCGACAGCCGAGCACCGUGCUGAUCAGGAGGCAUACGCGCGGGACACGAGUCCGCAUUCUGUGCUCACGAGCACGCUGGGGCUGUUGGAGUUUUGCCAUUACCAUGUUGAUUCGGCGCGCGCGGGGGAGGAGAAGGACGGUGUCAAGAUUACUACGGGUGUCGAUCCGCCGUUCUUGGGAUUCAAUCAUCUGGGAUUCACGGUCCCGGAUGUGCCGGCUGCUGUGGAGCGGUUGAUGCGGAGCGGGGUGGUGGUCGUCAAGGGGGUGGGGGAAGGCCCGAAUGAGAGCGUGCCGAUUACGAGGUGGGAAAGAGAGACAGGAGUUGCGAGUACGAUGGAGUUGAGCAAAGGGUUUGAGGCGUUGUUCAAACAGAUUGCUUUUGUGAGGGAUCCGGACGGAUAUCUUGUCGAGUUGGUGCCGCAGGUCCUACAGUAA